AUGUUCAAAUUAAAAGACUAUUCGUGUCAGUUAGACUACAGUAUUCCAUGGAAAGAAACGAUUACAGUAAAACCAGUUCAUAAGAAACGACAAUAUGCGAAUACUCCGGUUUCAUCAUCAACUGGAAAUAUAUGGACAACGAUGACCGAAACUCAUAAUGUUCAAAUAAUGCCACCAAGAAUACUAAUGAUACAAGAUGGUGGAAACCAGCAAAUACUUCCUAUUGAUCCAAUACAAAAAGUAAGCCGAAGCACCAGUAUCUCUUCAUCUACGAUGGGUGGGGCAUAUUUAAUUGGCAAAAAAGCGACAUGUCUGGAAAUAUCACUUAUGAUUUUUGGAAUUCUUACUACACUCGCUGCAUUGACAGCAUUAGGAAUCAGCAUUUAUUUACUCACUAAUAUCCGUGUACCAACAAAGACAUGUAUGAUUACAGUAACGACAACGACAAGUACAAGUGCAACUACAGCAACAACCACAACUACAACUUCAAGUACAACACCAGAUCCAGCGUGUUCUGCAAUCUAUUUUUCCAAUGGUGACUUUGAAUCUGGUACUUCUGCAGGUUGGACAAUUGGUGGUGGUUAUCAAAAUCUUCAACAAAAUUUCAUUCAACGAGAAACAUUAGUUAUUCAACCAGAUUCAAUUUAUAUUAAACUUGAAAAACGUUCAUUUGAAAAUUUUCAAUAA